AAAUGCAAAUCCUAGCAGUAUAAAGAAAUUAAUUUAGUAAAUAGUGACGUUGUCUAACGUGGUGUUCAAGCGUGGUAUUAACGGUAUCAUUACAAGUGAUAGGUUAACUUGACUUCUAUCGUUAAUUUAAAAAGAGUUACUAUCCUCAAGUUGGAGCUAUUGUUAGGUUGGUAGCCAGCAGCAACGCAGCUAACGUUAAAGAAUUUCGAAUUCCCUUAAACAGCAUUUGCUGUUUUAUUUUGAGAAGACCUAGGGAAAAUAUCAAACUGUAAUAUGCCUCCGAAGAAAACUAAGGGAACAGCAAAAAAGAGCAAAAAGAAGUCCGAUGGAGGAGACGAACUGGAGCAGAAAUACAGACGCAGUGUUCUAGACGUGGCGGUUCUUAAGGAACAUCUGGUGCUGCGCAAGGAGGCGGCACGUCAGGCUCAGGCCUGCGGUGAGGAGCUGAAGUCCAGGAUGAGGGGUCUGGUGGAGGAGCUCUCAGAGGAGAAAGCGGAGAAGAAGGAUAUCAGUGCAGAUCUCACUCGUCAGUGCAAGUCACUGAAGACAGAGCUGGGGGUCAAAGUUCACAAGCUGGAGACAGACAUCACCACGCUCCGCGAUCAACUGGCUAAGUGUCAGGAGGAGCUGAAGAUGGAGAAGGAGGCACGUGUGAAAAUGGAGCAGGAGAAGGACGCCUCCAUCUCUGAGCUGAAGAGCCAGCUGAAGUACAUGGAGGAUGGGUACCAGAGAAUCCUACAUGACAGUCUGGACAGCCUGCUGGCUCACCUGGCUGAAGCUCGUCUGCGCUGGACGGAUAAGAGCACCGCCAUCCACCAGGAGCACAAAGAGCUGCUGUCCAGCUUCGGCCUGAACCCCCUGCACCUCUGAGUCACUGCACACGCCAGGGCCCAGAGCUGCCUCUGAGUCACUGCACACGCCAGGGCCCAGAGCUGCCUCUGAGUCACUGCACACGCCAGGGCCCAGAGCUGCCUCUGAGUCACUGCACACGCCAGGGCCCAGAGCUGCCUCUGAGUCACUGCACACGCCAGGGCCCAGAGCUGCCUCUGAGUCACAGCACACACCAUUACACAGAGGUGCCUGAGUCACAGCACACACCAUUACACAGAGGUGCCUGAGUCACAGCACACACCAUUACACAGAGGUGGCUCUGAGUCACAGCACACACCAUUACACAGAGGUGGCUCUGAGUCACUGCGCACACCAUUACACAGAGGUGCCUGAGUCACAGCACAUACCAUUACACAGAGGUGCCUGAGUCAC